CAGGUUGAUUCGCCGGCUGCUCGGCGGGUGCUCUCCUUCCCAGUAUUAUUAGCAGAAAUAUUACUAUAAAGGCAGGGUAAAGCGCUUAAAGCCUCCAGAGGAUUUAGCAAUGCCUCAGCCGGGACCUCAGAGCGCAGAAGCGGACUGACUCCACAGCAUCGCAUCGCUGUAGUCACAUUUGGACACAUUUCUCGAGUGCGUCUUCUCCUCAAUCCACCUACCUGCGCGCGUCAGAAACAAGAAGCCCAUGGAGGGAUGUCGCGAUGCUGUGCUCAAGGAGAACUAAAACUUUGGUGUCGACAUGUGUGAUCCUGAGCGGCAUGACCAACAUCGUGUGUCUUCUGUAUGUCGGCUGGAUCACCAACUAUGUGGCCAACGGGCCAAAAGUUGCGGAGAGCGGCGGCGAAGCGGAGAGAAAGUUGGAGGAGGACAGUAAAGGGGAAACCCUGAGGAUUAUCGAGAGGCUGGACCGGCUGGAGAGCGUUGUCAACGAGCACAUCAAAGAUACCCCUCAGAAGGACGGAGAAGACGCUGCAUCCUCCUCAGACAUAGCCUCCGCCUCCUCGCUGUUCGACCACUGGGGUCACGACCUGGGCCCCGAGAGUCGAAGGGUGGCCUUCAGGAAAUUCCGUUACUAUGGCUACAACAGCUACCUUAGCGACCGCAUUUCUCUCACCCGACCGAUCCCAGAUUUACGACCGGACGGGUGCAGAAACAUGUCAUAUUCAUCAGAUCUUCCUCAGCUCAGCGUCAUCUUCAUCUUCGUCAACGAGGCCUUGUCGGUGUUACUGCGCUCCGUCCACACAGCCAUCCAGAGGACUCCAUCACACCUGCUCAAAGAGAUCAUACUGGUUGAUGACCACAGCAACAGCCCUGAGCUGAAAGAGCACCUGCAGAGCUUUGUGGAAGAGACCAACGCUCAGCACAGCCCGGGGUUCAUCAAGGUGGUCCACCACGACAAGCAGGAAGGACUAAUCAGGUCCAGAGUCAGCGGGUGGAGGGCCGCCUCUGCUCCCGUCGUCGCUCUGUUUGACGCCCAUGUGGAGUUCAACACGGGAUGGGCAGAACCUAUUCUGCAGCGAAUAAAAGAGGACCGGACCCGGGUGGUUUCACCCUCUUUUGACAACAUCAAGUACGACACCUUUGAGAUCGAGGAGUACCCUCUUUCUGCUCAGGGCUUCGACUGGGAGCUGUGGUGCCGAUACCUCAACCCACCAAAGUCCUGGUGGACACAACGUAACCACACGGCCCCUAUCAGGAGCCCCGCUUUGAUUGGCUGCUUUGUGGUCGACAGGAAGUACUUUGAGGAGAUUGGCCUGUUAGAUGAAGGCAUGGAAAUUUACGGUGGAGAAAAUGUGGAGCUCGGCAUCAGGGUGUGGCAGUGUGGCGGCAGUGUAGAGGUCCUGCCCUGCUCCAGGAUUGCACACAUCGAGCGUGCCCACAAACCCUACACAGAGAACCUGACAGCCCACGUGCGACGUAACGCACUGAGGGUGGCUGAGGUCUGGAUGGACCAGUACAAGAGUCACGUCUACAUGGCAUGGAAUGUUCCACUACAGAACUCAGGAAUAGACAUCGGAGACAUUUCGGAGAGAAAAGCUCUGCGAUCCAGACUCCAGUGCCGGCCGUUCAGUUGGUUCCUCUCCAACAUUUACCCCGAGCUCAGAUCCUACAGCGACACAGUUGCUUAUGGAGUGUUGAAGAACAGUCUAAGAGAGAAUCUGUGUUUGGACCAGGGACCUGACACUGACAAUGUUCCCAUCAUGUACCUCUGUCAUGGUAUGACACCGCAGCAGAACGUGUACUACACCAGCUCUCAGCAGCUUCACCUGGGGGUGCUGAGUCCGACGAUCGACGAUGACGACAACAAGUGUCUAGUGGACGUGAACAGCAGACCCAGGCUGCUGGAGUGCAGCUACGCAGCCACCAAGCACAUGAAGCUCACCUGGACGUUCACUCAGGGUGGCUCCAUCCAGAACAUCGAGUCUCAGCGUUGUCUGGAGCUGGUGGAGAGCAGACAGUCAGAGUUCCCUUUCCAGCUGGUCAUUCAGGACUGCACCGAUCAGAAAUGGACCAUUACUAACAUACUGACUGUCCUGCCCCAGUGAACACACACCAGCCAGUUAGUGUGUUGUGGCAGAUUAAUCUAGUUAGCGAGGAAGUUCAAGUGGGGAGCUCCGACAAAACCAAACUGACCCCGACCCAAGAUCAACCAUCACCGAGUUCUGUCACACGUCAAAAAGAAAUAAUAGAAAUGGACUAACAUGCUGACCUAAGCAGCGAACCAAGUGUCCAAAAAAUGAGCUUCAGUACCGGACCUAUUUUUAACGAGAGUCUGCACAGGAAAAGAUGUGCUUCAAUCAGACACGGACCAUCAGUAACCUAAUAACCAUUUUACACCAAUGACCUGAGAGAAGAGACGCUCACAGAUGGAGCCGGGGCUCUUAAAACUUCCCACUCUGCAAUCGAAAUGAGAAAUAUAGCCACUUGUUCCAAGGGACAGGCUCGUGAAAUCAUGUAAGCACUCUGGUUAUUGCAGGAGCAGGCCUGCGAUGUAUUUUGGGUCCCCGUCCGCAGUUUGAGAUAGAGCCUGCAUUCCCUCAGUCUCAUUGCACAAUCACCAUAACAAAUUGAGUGAGCAUGGUUUCAAUAUGUUUGUGUGCAGAGGGAGAAAUGCAAGGUGAGCGACUGCACGCGUCCCAGAAACAUCUAGCAGGCGUGCAGUACAAACUGGCUGAUUGUCACACAUGAUGUGGCGGGGGCAGGUUUUGAGUUAUUACCGCUACACACCACUUGACUCAGACUGUAGGCAGGACAGAUGCUCCAGAUCCCCUCAGUAUCACAGAGAAGUUAAAAUCUACCCUAAAAGACUCAGUCCACACUGGUGUUUUUAGUUAUUUUGGCCAAUUUAAAGGUUUUAUGUUUAAAUCUUCACCAAACACAAUAUAUUUAAAAGAAUCAAAGCUGUAGUUGUCCUGCCAUAACAGGUAUAAUAAAACUGACACAAGAAGAUGUUGAUUUCACGCAGUCUGUGGACGCCCACACAGCCCUGAGAAGAUGUCUAAUACAUCUCUAAAAUAAAUGAAAAUGCCUGCGUGGGUGUGCAGGAGCUUUAACAGAGCAAAAUGUUCUGAUACUAACUGUCCUAUUUCAGGGGUCUCUGCUUUCAGAGUCCUGCUUUUGAAUGUGGCGACCUAAGGCUGACCCCGGUCUAUGACCACAGCCGAGAAAUGCGUCAUUCUUUUGCCUCGACUCUCUUUACGCCACAUUGAUGAUCCUUGAUCCUUGUUGGAUAAUGAUCACGUAACUAAGUCCUGUUUACAAAGAAGUAAAGCUAUGAAAAAGCCAUUGAAAAAGUUGUUUGUCCUUGUCAGCAGCCUGAACAUGUUGUUCUGCACUACAUGUAGAAUGCUCUGAUGCACACUUUAUGAUUUGAGUCAAUUUAAGUUAUGUGGAUACGUUAACUGAAAAUGUUGUUUGCCAGUAAAUUUGAAGGAUAAAUCUGGUUAGUCCAACUCGGGUCUUAUUUUUGUCGUUUUCGCCAUCGUUUCUAGCAGGUACUGUAUAUUAACAUCGCGCUAACUGGUGAAGUGGCUCUUGCUGAACAUGAGUAGUCAGAUGUCCAAACAGGUUUUAUUUAAGCACCAGUCAGACUUAUUUGGAUGAGAAAAUGAAGUGUCUAUGGUUGUAAACAUCUGUCACGGUUUACCGAGCGACUUCCUGAUUCAAAUUUGACUGAGAUUCUUUUAUCUGCUAGAUCCGAUGAAGUUGGUCUCAAGCACAAGUCCACAAGUCCAUUCUUAAUUCAGGCUGUUUAUUCACAAGUGUGGUCAGGAUAACAGAAGUACACCCCAGGAUCUGCAUCAAAAAAGCAAACCAAGCCCCUAUACAAUGUGCAUGGACAUAAAACUGCUCUAUCUGAAAAGUGCCCUGAGAUAACUGUUACUUAUAGGCCUAAUUUGGCACUAUAUAAAUAAAACUGAACUGACCAGAUAAGAGUAAACAAAAUUUUUUGUCACUAAAUGCAAUUAUUAUAUCACAAAAGCAUAGUAAAUAUGGUUAUUUUAUAUUUAACAAAACGCUUCCUGUGCCAUGAGGGAUAAUUACUGACAUUUCAGGUACGCUCACUUUCAGCUUCACCUUUGAAUUAAGUGGUUUCAAAAACAUGGCUACUAUAGUGUUGACUGGAAGCGAUCUGGAUACAGGAGUCCAGUCGGUGAAGGCUGAAGACCAAUCUUGAAGGUGGAGCGAAAAGCAGAGGAAAAGGAAAGAUUCUGGACUGACCAGCAUACACACACAACGCUCACUGCAAAGGCCGUCACAGCUCAUCUAGAACCUUUCUCAUCUUCAGACCACUCGUGCUUCCUGCGCCGUCAGAUUUCUUUUUGGCGACGGCUUCAGUGAGUAAAAUGUUAGCACAACUGAUAAAAACAUUGGCUAAAAUUAAGAACACAAGGCUCAGGUUGUGGUAAGCCAAAUUAUCCUUUAAGCAUCACAUCUCAUAAACUCUAGUAUCGUGGAAAUGUCCUGAGUGUACCACUGUUUUUAUACUGCUUUGUUGUCUGUUUGAGUUACUGACUUUCUGAGCUGUUCAGGACAGCCAGAAUGCACCGAUAGUUUGGGGGAAGACCUCCCAGUGACACUAUGAUGAAUCCUCUAUCAAAGGCCCACCUCGCACAUAGAAAACCUCUGCUCUAUCAUAUCGUUUCAGGAGGAGGUGCAGGUACAGCCCGCCGGCCCCUCAGCCUUCCGAAGGACACAUCUUAUUAGUUUGUACACCUGAAAUAGGACCCAGGCUGUCAUUACAUACUCUGCCUACACAGCUGCAACAAAGUCAAGCCCUGUCUUUGUGGGUUGUCAAAAGGUAUUCUGGGAAAUGUAGGACAUCGAUACUUAAUUGUUCAGAAGUAGAAUCAGAUGAGGAGUAAUGUAAAAGGAACAGAUUGAUUAUAUAUCAUCCGUAACAGAUGGAUGGUAUCUGACAGUGGACGAGCAUCCGAGGAGCAAUUUUUCCUUUAAAAUUCUGCUGCUGCGUCCUCGAACCAGUAAAUAGGGGGGUGUGGCUCAGGAGGAACAGCGGGUUGCCCGUUAAUCUGAAGGUCAGUGGUUCAAUCCCCGGCUCCUCCAGGCUGCAUGUCGAAGUGUCCUUGGGCAAGAUACUGAACCCCGAAUUGCCCCUGGCGGCUGUUCCGCCAGUGUGUGUUUCUGUUUGAGCACUCAGUGUGUGUGUGUGUGUAUGGUGAAUGCAGAUGUAGUGUAAAAGCGACAGCAAAUACGCUGGAGUAUGUGUGCCCUAUUAUUUGUUUUGUUCGAUAAAUGCUUUUGUUUUGCUUAGAGCUCACAAUGAAGAGUACCUUCUUCUUCAUCGUCGAGAAAUGUGCCACUCAAAGAUGUGUAAUUAAAAUAAAUCCAUAUUAGACAUGUAUGCAGGUCUUAUGUAUGGAAUUACAUUUUUGCCUCAACUCUGUGCUCACAAUGGGACAAUUUUAGCACAGAAAAAGACUUUGGAGAAGUUAUUAUCUCACAAAGAAUAAUUUCUUUGCAUUAUAAUAAUUUCUUCACAAAAUACAGUUUAUGUGCAUGCAAGGAGGAGGAAUUUGACACGCAGAGCUGUAAUUUGUUAAUAUUAUAUAAUAUAUAUAUAUAUAUAUUAAUAGUAAUUUGUGCCUCCUUUCUGAGCAUGUGAUGGGACAAUUUUAGUACAAAAAUCAAUUUAAAAAAUUAUUUUGUAGAGAAAUGAGCAUAAAAAGAGUAAUUUCUUUAUUUAUCAUUAUCAUUUGUCUGCAAAAUAUAGUUUAUGUGCAUGCAAAUUUUUCUGUUCUUAAAGCCCCAUUGCUUGCACAGAUAUAACACCAUACAGAUUGGGCGUUUGUGACUGAGAUAUUGUGUGGAUGUAUGUUUUAUGUAUGAGUACAUUUUGCUUUUGUGGAUUUUACAUUUGCAUAUACUACUGCUAAACCAUUUGCUCUACAUUUACAGAUCUCCAAAAGUUACACACUGUCAUAAAGCUUUUAAUUAAAUACAACUGCUUUGCAAUCAAUCUCCCAAUUAUUCAAAGCCCCGCACUUCAGCAAGCUUUAUAAAUAAUUAAACACAAAAACAGGAUGAACCAAUUUAUUAUUAAUCUGGCUAUUAUGUAUUCAAAAGUUGUUGCUUUUCAAUCACAGCCCACUAAGGUACCACUAACACAGUGAUCAUGCAGUGGCAACUUGUGGAGGACUGGAACUGUAUCUAUCGGCUACUGUGUAGCAUCUGUUACCAAACCUUCUGUUGACCUUCUGUUGUUUUUGUGGCUCAGGUUUGUGGAUCCUGAAAUUUUAAAAGUAUCUCAAUUUUUGGGAAGCUCUUAAUAUAUAUAGUCAUGAAAAUGUCCAGGCUAUUUUAUUAGUGUAUUUAAACUGGAUAUUUAUAAGUACCAACAGUAAAAAAUGAUGAUGGCAAAA